GACUUCCUCUCUUCCGCUGGGUUGAGACCUGCAAGGGGGCGGAAGCAAGGGGCUGACCAGGAGCCCCCCAGCCUGGUGUGCGUCCAGCCCACGGUGUGAGGGAGUCUAGAAGCCAGAGGUCACCGUGGGCUCUCUGCCAUCCUGGCCAUGAACCUGGAGCCACCCAAGGCCGAGAUCCGGUCAGCCACCAGGGUGACGGGGGGGCCUGUCACUCCCAGAAAAGGGCCCCCCAAAUUUAAACAGCGGCAAACCAGGCAGUUCAAGAGCAAGCCCCCCAAGAAAGGCGUCCAAGGGUUUGGGGACGACAUCCCUGGAAUGGAAGGCCUGGGAACAGACAUCACGGUCAUCUGCCCAUGGGAGGCCUUCAACCACCUGGAGCUGCACGAACUGGCCCAGUAUGGCAUCAUCUAGCUCCAGAGCCUGACCCAGAGCCUCAGGGCCGUACCCCCUGCUGCCCGCUGCCGCCCCUGCUCAGGAUUCCUGUGAGGAGGCCGGCCCCCCUGAGGGUGUCCAGGUUGCCCAGUUUGUGUCUGGAGACCCUUGCAGGGUGGCAACCUCAGGCCCCCAGAUGCCAGUUACCAGAAGCCCACCAGCUCCCUGUAGGACACCCUGGGGCCAGUCAGGCCCUGCUUAGCUUCCAGAAACACUGGCCCACAGACCUUGUCUUAGGGCUGGAAAGCCAGGGCAGGGUCUCCCAGGAAUGUCCCUCCCAGCCCACUCCCGUCCUGCUGUGUGGUGGUGAGACCAAGCUCCCCUCACUGGCCCUUCCCAGCUGCUGCCCUUGGGUUG